GAAGAUAAUAAAAUAGAAUAUUUACCAGUUCAUAGUUUUAUAAAUAACCAUAUGUUAACAUUCCUAGCUUUAAAAGGCAACCCUAUUACAGCCAUAAAUACAGAUGCUUUUAAAGGUUUACCUAUGUUAGAGAAACUAACAAUAUCGGAAGUUCGAGAUAUGAAAGAGUUUCCAGAUUUAUCAGCUUCUGUCAACUUAGAAGUUUUGAGAUUUGAUAGAGCUAGUAUUACCAAGGUGCCAUCUUAUAUUUGUGUUAAUCUUAGCAGAUUGCGUAGUUUUGACGUACAUUCCAACAGAAUAGCUGAAAUACCGAACUUGUCUGCAUGUAAAGAAGCCUUGAAUAUUAAUCUGGGAAACAAUGAGAUUACAUCUUUAGAAGGGAAACCUUUCAAGGGUCUAAGUGAGUUAAGAGAUCUGACAUUGGGCCAUAAUUAUAUCAAAUAUAUUCCUGAAGAUGCCUUUGAAGGUUUAGUCAAGUUACAGUAUCUGUAA